AUGUUGCCUGAACAAGUUCGUACUAUUAUCAAGGCUACUGUUCCUGUACUGGAGCAACAUGGUACAACCAUAACAAAAACCUUCUAUAAAAAUAUGCUUAACGAUCAUAAUGAAUUACGUAAUGUAUUUAAUAGAACAAAUCAAAUGAGAGGUGCUCAACCAAAUGCAUUGGCCACUACAGUACUUGCUGCUGCAAAACAUAUCGAUGAUUUAUCACCACUUUUAACUCAUGUUAGACAAAUUGGUCAUAAACAUCGUGCACUACAAAUUUACCCAGAACAAUACGAUAUUGUUGGUGAAUAUUUAAUUAAAGCUAUUCAACAAGUCCUUGGACCUGCUGCUACUCCGCAAAUUAUUGAUGCAUGGACUAAAGCUUAUGGAGAAAUUGCUAACGUUUUUAUUGAUGUCGAAAAGCAGAUGUAUAAAGAGGCUAUGUGGCCAGGUUGGAAAAAAUUUCUCGUUAGUGCCAUGGAACCUGUAGGUACAAAUGUUAUCAAAUUUACAGUGACUCCAAAGAAUCCAACUGAUAUAAUUUUGAAAAAUUUACCCAUCGAAGCAGGACAAUACAUUACAGUUAAGACACAUCCAAUCCGUCAAGAUAAUAAAUAUGACGCAUUAAGACAUUAUUCUCUAUGUUCUUCAUUACAUGAUGAAAACUUAAAAUUCUCUGUCAAAUUAGAACAAACUGAAAACUUACCUAACGGGUUAGUUUCCGAGUAUUUAGACUUAGAUGUUAAAGUUGGUGAUGAAUUAGAAUUGAGUGCCCCUGCUGGUGAUUUCACAAUGAAUAAAGAUUUAAUCAUGCAAGAUAAAGUUCCUUUAGUAUUAUUGGCUGCAGGUGUUGGGGCUACUCCUUUAUUAGCCAUGCUAGAGACACAAAUUAGAAAUUAUCCUAGCAGGCCAAUUUAUUGGUUCCAAUCAUCACAAGAUGAAGCUUCUGAAGUAUUUAAGAAAGAAGUGGAUGGAUUAUUAAAGAACGCUUCAUCUGUUAAGAAAGUUGUAGUUCACACUAACAAACAACCAGAAAUUGAUGCUAAAUUUUUGAAAGAAAACAUUCCUGAAGGUGCUGAUGUAUAUCUAUGUGGUCCUUUGGGCUUCAUGAAAGGUAUGGUCGAUCAUUUCAAAGUAUUAGAAUUCAAGAAAGAUGACAUUCAUUACGAACCUUUCGGUCCAAAGAUGUCUACAGUCAAGGUCUAA